GUGUCAGUCACGAUCUAUCUGUCACAUUGUAAUUUUAUUGCACCAUCUAAAAAUAAUACGAUUUUCCGAAAUUUCCAUAAUUUUCUAAUAGAAUCUGUGCUAAAUUUUAGUCACCAUGUCGGACGUUAAAACAGUGGCGGCUAGUAUAGUUAAUUUUCUGAAACAACAGCUCGAAGGAGAAACAUUGAGUUUGGAUUCAAGGGAGAGCGUUGAGGUUGGCGUGCAAUGCAUAGAAACCGCAUUUGAGCUUAGCCCCGAAGAUAUGGCUCGAGCUGUUGAUCUAUUGCAACUCGUAAGACAACAAAAGGGCGUAAAUUCUACUCCAGAUUGCGCAGAGGCUGAAAAAUUAAAGAACGAAGGUAAUGAACUGAUAAAAGCGGAACGGCAUCGCGAAGCGCUUGAAAAGUAUUCGCGUGCAAUCGAACUCGAUCCGCGUAACUCUGUUUACUUCUGUAACCGUGCGGCUGCGCAUUUCAAACUUGGGGAACACGAAGCCACCGUCGCAGACUGCACCGCGGCGCUUGCUUUACAACCUGAUUACGGCAAAGCGCACGGCCGUCUUGGCCUGGCCUUGACUGCUUUAAACAGACACAGAGAGGCCCGAGCUGCAUUCGCUCGCGCAUCUCAGCUCGAACCAGAUAAUGAAUCAUACAAACAAAAUUUGCGCCUUGCUGAUGAAUACUUAGCACAAAAUGGGGAGCGCGGUCCUCUCGACCUCGGAGGUCUGUUGCAGAACCCAGCCCUACUCAACAUGGCCACAGAAAUGUUAGCAGAUCCUAAUAUGCAAAAUCUUAUCUCUGGAUUGAUGAAUAAUACACAAGCAACUGGUCCGACUGGGCCUGGGGGCAUGAAUGCUCUGUUGGAGGCUGGCCAAGCUCUCGCUCAGCAUAUGCAGGCUGCCAACCCUGACCUGGUAGAACAGCUUCGCAGGCAAGUCCGUCCACCCGGCGGGCCUGGUGCCAACCCCCCAUCACAGUGAACACUUAAUAUUAACUUAGUUAUCGUAGAUUAAUAAGCUACUGCACUAUACUGAGUUAUGGAGCUAUGGUGCCUGUCUGUAGCGAUACUGUCCUUCAUCCAUGUAAGAAUUGUGUAAUAUUUUAGUCCUUGAAAUAUAAUUGAAAAGCAUAAUGCUUUUAUACCUUGUCCACUUUAUUCUCAUAGAAAUAUACAGAUACAUAUUAAAAUUAUCUUUUAAAAAAUUGUAUUUGUAGUAAGUCUUCCUGAGCAACACAGAAAUAGAUUAUGAAAGCAUAUAGUUUCAUGGACAAGAUAUUAAGCAUUUUCAGAACCUAAUGUUUCUCCACAUUUAUACUGAUAUGUUUUAGCUCAUAGCCGUGACUGUAUUUGUAUCAAUACCACAAUUUGUAAACUAAUGCUUUGUUUACAUGUUUGACAUACCACAUAUUUUGUUUAGUUUUAAUGUGAGUCAUUUUUUGGCACUAGAAAAACUAAACAAUUAUGAUUGAGCGUAUCAUUUGUCAUGCAUGUAAACUAGGCUUUCUAUUUAAUUUGAGACAUGUAUGUAGGUAUUCAUAUUACUUUUCAUGUAGAUAUUGAGAUAUUAUUUUUGUUUAUUGAUUUACUGCAUGAUGUGCAUUUAUUUUCCUUUUUAUUAUUUGACUGGCAUAUCUUGGAAUAUUCUAGCUAGAAAUUGAAAAAUAUAAGCUCUGUUCAGGUGUAUGUAUGUAUUGAUAUUAUACUAUUUAUAGAUGGCGUAAAUAUGUACCAAAAUAAUGUUAAAACGAGAAUAACCAGGUGUUUUCUCAUAAACAGAAAUUAUUCCUAGAAUAAGGUUGGAUCUUAUUGGUUUGUUAAUAAAUUAAUUUCAAAUUA